GUUACUUCCGCGCUUGUGAGCGACGGCGGCUCGCAAAGGCCAAACUUAAUGCAUGGACGAGCAGCGCGCUACUGCAGCUUUCUUCCGCCUCAGGAAGAUCGUGGCCGGGGAUCAGCAGGCCUCUAAGCAAGUGCGGAAUGGACCAGGAGCGGGGCGAUAGCAGCCUCACUUUGCGUGGUCUCCGGAACCGCUCCCACGAGAAGAUAAAGCUGCGAAAGAGGAAGUCUACCUUGUACUUCAGCACCCAGGAGAAGAGCGCCAGGCGCCCCGGGGAUCUUCUUGGAGAAAAUAUUUAUCUGCUCUUGUUUACCAUAGCUUUACGAAUAUUAAACUGCUUUUUAGUGCAGACAAGUUUUGUUCCAGAUGAAUACUGGCAGUCUCUUGAAGUUGCACAUCACAUGGUUUUCAAUUAUGGUUAUUUGACUUGGGAAUGGACAGAGAGAUUGAGGGGUUACACUUUCCCCUUAAUCUUUGCAAGCAUUUACAAGAUUCUUCAUCUUUUGGGGAAAGAUACUGUUCAGUUGCUGAUUUGGAUUCCUAGACUUGCCCAAGCACUUCUGUCUGCUGUAGCAGACGUGAGACUUUACUCAUUAAUGAAGCAACUAGAAAAUCAGGAAGUGGCAAGAUGGGUGUUUUUUUGCCAGUUGUGCUCCUGGUUCACAUGGUAUUGCUGUACCAGAACCCUUACAAACACCAUGGAAACUGGUCUCACUAUAAUUGCUCUUUUCUACUAUCCUUUGGAAGGCUCAAAGUCUAUGAACAGUGUCAAGUACUCAUCCCUAGUGGCACUUGCCUUCAUAAUUCGUCCCACAGCUGUCAUUCCGUGGACACCUUUGCUCUUCAGACAUUUCUGUCAAGAACCAAGAAAGCUUGAUCUUAUUCUACAUCAUUUUUUACCCGUAGGCUUUGUUACUUUGAGUUUGUCUCUGAUGAUUGAUCGUAUUUUUUUUGGCCAAUGGACUCUGGUUCAAUUUAAUUUUUUGAAAUUUAACGUGCUGCAGAACUUGGGAACAUUUUAUGGUUCUCAUCCAUGGCACUGGUACUUCAGUCAAGGAUUUCCAGUUAUCUUGGGUACUCACCUACCCUUCUUUAUUCAUGGCUGCUUUCUAGCACCGAAGAGAUACCGGAUACUGUUGAUGACUGUGCUGUGGACACUGCUUGUUUAUAGCAUGUUGAGCCACAAAGAAUUCAGGUUUAUUUAUCCAGUUUUACCAUUUUGUAUGGUGUUCUGUGGAUACUCACUAACCCACCUGAAAACAUGGAAGAAACCAGCUCUAAGUUUCCUGUUUUUAUCAAAUUUGUUCCUCGCCCUUUAUACUGGUUUAGUUCAUCAACGAGGUACUCUUGAUGUCAUGAGUCAUGUUCAAAAAGUUUGUUACAACAAUCCCAAUAAACCUUCAGCUUCAGUAUUUGUAAUGAUGCCUUGCCACUCUACUCCUUAUUACAGCCAUGUUCACUGCCCACUUCCAAUGAGAUUUCUCCAAUGCCCCCCAGACCUGACUGGAAAAAGUCAGUAUCUUGAUGAAGCAGAUAUAUUUUACCUAAAUCCCUUAAACUGGUUACAAAGAGAGUUUCAUGACGAUGCAUCAUUACCUACUCACUUGAUCAUCUUCAGCAUUUUGGAGGAGGAAAUAAGUGCUUUCCUAACAUCAAGCAGUUAUAACAGAACUGCUGUUUUCUUCCACACUCACUUGCCGGAGGGUCGAAUUGGAAGUCAUGUAUAUGUCUAUGAACGGAAGUUAACAGGGAAAUUCAACAAGAUGAAAUUCUGAACUUUCUGAGAUAAACUAACAUUGCUGGGUGGAAAUACUCAGAUGCGGCUUCAAUAUUUCAGUAAACACUGGGUAAGAUUCAUGGAACUUAGGAAAAACUAUAUGAACUGCUUUACCAAAUAUCACUACUGAGGAAAUGUAUAAAAUACUACGUAGUAGAAAAUCACGUUAAUACAAUGCCAGAUUUUAAAUAAAGACCUUCAGUUUUCCUCA